CCGACGAUCACCGCUCCCUGCUCCAAAACGAAACGAAACAGCUUCCGUCACACCACUUUUUCCUCUUCCGACUGAUUAUCCCCGCCAAAAUGGUCACAGUUGAGCAUGAAAUCCCCUCCGGCAUGGAGUAUCAAUACGCAGAUCAUACCAUCUCGGAACGACCCGGACCUAUCCUCAAAGCAGGCAUGGGGUCCACCAGCCAGGCUGAGCAUCCACCUGCACCUUCGCAAGGACCAAAUUCUGGUCAAUACGCGGAGCGCCGUCGCCAAUUUUAUAUUGAGUUAGACACUAUCAAACAAAAGAAGCUGUCCCAAGCAAGUCAAAGAGGAGGCCCCAACCAUGCAUUGAACGAUUACCAGCUACAGCUCGAGAUUCUGGAAUUGGAAAACAAGAAGAGACAUCUGCAGAGAAGAAUCGACCAGGAUGCAGGGCAAGCUAUUGCAUCUCCUCUUGUAAGCAAAUUUCAGCAGUAGCCAGCUCGUGGCGUCGAGUCCACGUUCUCGGGGCAAUCGGAAGCAGUGGCCUUGAUAAAAGCCUGAAGCAAAUAGAUAAUAAGGCUGAAUCUGUCAAGAUCAAGCUUCAAGAACGUCUGCAUCCCAAAAAUAAAGUGUGCUGGGAGGAUA